CUCCUUACCUGUCUAUUCCUUUGUCUACGCAGGUCUUUGGCAUUGGGGCAGCAGUACAGUUCCCUCAGCUCACAGCCCAUUCUCUGUGGAUCCAUACCAGGACUGGUACCCAAGCAAAUGCGAUUCUGCAGAAAUUACAUUGAGAUCAUGCCAAGUGUGGCCGAAGGGGUGAAGCUAGGAAUACAGGAGUGCCAACACCAGUUCAGAGGAAGGCGCUGGAACUGUACCACCAUCCAUGACAGUCUUGCCAUCUUUGGGCCAGUGCUGGAUAAAGCCACGCGGGAGUCGGCCUUUGUUCACGCCAUUGCUUCAGCUGGAGUGGCCUUUGCUGUGACCCGGUCCUGUGCAGAGGGCAGCUCCACCAUCUGUGGCUGUGACUCCCACCACAAAGGCUCAUCAGGGGACGGCUGGAAGUGGGGCGGCUGCAGUGAAGACGCAGACUUUGGGGUCCUGGUGUCCCGAGAAUUUGCUGAUGCCAGGGAGAACAGACCAGAUGCCAGAUCGGCCAUGAAUAGGCACAAUAAUGAGGCGGGAAGGGCGACCAUCCUGGACCACAUGCACCUGAAAUGCAAGUGCCAUGGCCUGUCCGGCAGCUGUGAGGUAAAGACCUGUUGGUGGUCCCAGCCAGAUUUUCGAGCCAUCGGUGACCACUUGAAGGAUAAGUACGACAGUGCCUCCGAGAUGGCUGUGGAGAAACAUCGUGAGGCACGUGGAUGGGUGGAAACCCUGCGGGCCAAAUACUCUUUGUUCAAACCUCCCACUGAACGGGACCUUGUGUACUAUGAGACCUCCCCAAACUUCUGUGAACCCAACCCAGAGACUGGCUCAUUUGGGACACGGGGGCGUUCCUGCAACGUGACCUCUCAUGGGAUAGAUGGCUGUGAUCUGCUGUGCUGUGGAAGAGGCCACAAUACCCGGACUGAGAAACGCAAAGAGAAAUGCCACUGCAUCUUCCACUGGUGCUGCUACGUGAGCUGCCAGGAAUGUGUUCGCAUCUAUGACGUGCACACCUGCAAGUGA